UAAUUCCUAACAUUAUCAUAUAAUCUCCAUUAAUUUCAAGAAUUCUCUUCAUCUUUCUACGGCAAGUAAGUUAUUUGUGCUGAUAUGACAGUGGAUAGGGUGGUUGAUAUGAAACAAGUCUCUAAAGAAGAAGCUUGGAAAUUGUUCCGUGAACAAGUGGGUGAACUUGUUGAUUCUCCAGAGAUACAACCCUAUGCUCGAAUUAUUGUUGAGGAGUGUGGUGGUUUGCCGUUGUUGAUCAUUGUUACUGGAAGGGCCUUGGCAGGGGUGAAUGAAGCUUCAGUGUGGGAGGAUGCAACAAGGGAAUUUGUAUUGCCUAGCACACCUCAGAUAUAUGAUGUUGAAGCUGUUGUGCAACGUAUGAAAUUUAGUUAUGGCAGAUUGAAAGCUUAUGACAUAAAGAGUUGCUUCCUUUAUUGUGCCUUGUUUUCAGAAGAUCGAGAGGUUGAUAUAUCUGAACUGGUAAAAUGUUGUAUCCAAGAAGGUUUAAUUUCGGGAAAUUGGUCUGAAGCAUAUCAGAGGGGGCAUGAUAUAGUUAAGACCCUUGUAGGUGCCUCUCUAUUGCAGAGUACUAACGGCGGUCUUGCGAUCAAAAUGCAUGAUGUGGUUAGAGAUUUAGCAUCAGCGAUUAUGUCAGGGGCAGAAGGCUUACAGUUUAUGUUGAGACUCUAUUCAAGAUCGACAGAGUCAUUAAAUCUAGGAACCAAUCCAUCGUACAAGCCAAUUGAAAGCCCUGAAAGCAACAGGUCAAUUCCUGAAGGUUGUGGAUUCUUGUUGGAAGGCGGUGUAGGUCUGAGGGAGCUACCUCCAAAACGGGAGCAAUGGGAACGAGGAAAGAUUAUUGCUUUGAUGGAUAAUGAGCGUCUACCUGAAAAUCCAAGUUCACCUAAUCUCCUAGUGUUGUUCCUUGAGAGAAACAGACGUUUAAGAGUGAUACCUUCAUCCUUUUUUGACUCCAUGCCUUGUCUCAGCUUCUUGAACCUAUCUAAGACCAGAAUCAAUUGCUUGCCUCAGUCAAUCUCAAAGCUAAAACGACUUCAAUUUCUUAUUCUACGUGAUUGUGAUUGUUUAGUUGAACUGCCAUCUGAAGUUGGAUCCCUUGGAAAGCUUGAGGUGCUUGAUCUCCGAGGUACUGAAAUUAACAGCUUACCUAAUGAGAUUUGUAGAUUGGCUUCUCUAAGGUACUUGGAAGUAUGCUUUUAUGGAUCUAUUAGUCCCAACGAGUAUGCUUAUCUACCACAUGAAUUGUUUUCAGUUGGCAUAGUGUCAACACUCUUUUCUUUGGAAACGCUUAGUAUUGGUGUCUACCCUGGAGAUCAGAGGUGGAACAAGAGCAUAAAAGCCAUCACAAUGGAGGUUUGUAGCUUGAAAAUUUUGACUUCUCUCAAUUUUUGUUUCCCAGAAGUAGAGCUUCUUGAUCUCUUUCUUCGAACUUGCCCCAAAUGGAAUGAUCAACUCUUAACUAAGUUUAAGUUUGUGGUUGGUUAUGAUGUCAAGCGCAUCGUGUCACGGGUGCCAAGCUCUGUGGAGUUCGAUUAUAAUCAACACGGUCGGUGCUUGAGAUUCGUUAAUGUUAAAAUUGUACCUCAUGUAGUUUGUGAAGUAUUAGCUCGUACUACUGCUUUCUAUUUAGAUCAUCACCUUAGCAUGCUGAGUUUAUUUGAAUUUGGGGUGGGUAAUAUCAAUGGAUUGAAAUUAUGUAUUGUGAGUGAAUGUCCUAGAAUUCAAUCAAUUAUUGAUGGAAAUAAACUUGCUGAAACUGUAUUUCCAUCUCUGGAGUAUUUGAGUAUUCAGUACUUACGGGAUUUGGAGAGGAUUUGGAAGGGUAAUAUACCAUAUGGCAGUUUCAGUAAGUUAAGAAUUUUGCUGGUGCAUUCAUGUCCAAAGUUGGAAUUUGUUUUUACAAGCUCCAUGCUUCCAUUUGUAUCUAAUCUAGAAGAGUUGGUAGUUGAAGAUUGUCCAGCCGUUGAAGUAAUCGUACUCCACCAGGAUGACAUCAUGGAUUCUGAAAUUGUUUUACUCUCUAGUUUGAAGAAGUUAACACUUCAUCAUCUUCCUAGAUUGUUCAAUAUUUGGGAAGGUGCUUGGCCAUCAUUAGAAUGUAUUAGCUUUUAUAAGUGCCGAAAUCUGAAGAAGCUUGGUAUGGACUCGAAGUUAAAGUACAGUUUGAAGGAGAUUAAAGCAGAGAAGCAUUGGUGGGAUGCAUUACAGUGGGAUGGAAGUUCAUUAUUUUUGGAUCUUGAAGCGCAUUUCAUCCCUGUUUGAGUGUUGAUAAAUGAUUCAACUCUGGGCAUGUUAAUGGGGAAGGAGAAGUCAAUCGCUAAAACAAUCCUCCAAUCUGGUUUUUUUUUGUUUGUUGGUAAAAAGUAUAGAAUUCUGUUUUGUACAACUGUCAACUGGAGAACGCGGAUGCGGCAGGGCGGAGGGGGAAUUUCUUGGAUUGCUUUAGUGAUGCAGCGAGAUUAGCACUUUUAUACAUGGAAUUAGUUACACAUGGAAUUUCUGCUUUAGAAUUCAUGCAAGAGGAGG